AGCAUAUGGGUGAUAACAAUCAAUGGUAAAAGGUACAAGGGACCACUCGCACUCAACGACUAUCUUCAUUUUCUUCCGGCGAACGUUUCAAUAAACGCCGUGUAUCAACGACCAUCAGAAGAAAUUGUGAUGUUCGCGAAUAAUAAAAUUUACAUGGUAGAUUAUCCGAGUUUUCAAUUGAAAAAUGGUUGGCCGAAAACGUAUUCCGACCUGAACUUUCCCGCAGAAAUGCGCGUUAACGCAGCAUUAGUCACCAACCGAGGACAAACGUACGUGAUCUUCGAUGGCGACAGCGUAGCGUUAAUGAAUGAAUGCGACAUGACUAUUCGCGAAUAUCACUCGUUAAAAGCGAUAUUUCCGGGAAUACCAUCAUCUCCGACUGCAGCCUACCGAUAUAUCGACGGUUCUCUUCAUUUUCUACAAAAACGUCAAUAUUACAAAUUCAACGAGUUCACCCAAACAGUAACGAAUGCCGAUAAUUUCGACAUGAACAUACUCAACGUAAAUUGUCCUACAGACGGACUGCUGAGACAAUUGCAAGAUCUUCUUAAUCGACUGCUUCAAUCAAAUAAUUUACUCGAAUACACCACAGAGGAUGCAUUGGACGAUUAG